AUGGACCCAAUAACUGGACUUCCAAGUUCUCGUCGUUCGACCUUAUCAGGAGACGACGCGCAUCGUGAAGGUCUUACUACUGAAACUCAUGACUGGACGUUGAUUAAAGCCAUUGAUCUUGUAAUUGAUCAAAAGGUCGUUGUAAUCGACGGAGAGAUACCAAUUGAAGAAGCUUGUGACAUUCUUAUGCGUAAUAAUAUAUCUUCUGCGCCAGUAUAUGAUAAUUCAACAAAAAGCUACUCGGGCAUGUUCGAUUGGGCUGAUGUUAUGACAUAUCUGUUUAUUGUCCUUAAGACAAAGGAUGCUUUAAAACAAGAGAAAAGUGAAGCCGAGUUAUCGGCAGAAUUUAAAGAUUUAUUGAAAUUAGCGAGUCACUGUCAACCUGUCCCUGUUAAAUUAGCUUCAGAUCUGUCAAAGAAAAAUCCUUUUUAUAGUGUACUUCCAGAAACUUCGUUGUUACAAGUGGUUGAAUUGUUUGGAAGUGGAACUCAUAGAGUUGCCGUUGUAGACGCGGACGGUCAUAUUAAAGGAAUUUUAACUCAAUCAAGAGUGACUAAAUUUCCUCCAAUCGAACAACUUUUUCCCAAAACGCUCAAUGACCUUGAAAUAGGCAAAGGUUUUGUUGUUUCUGCCCAGAAUGAUUCGUUUGUGCUUGACGCGUUGACAAUGAUGACUAAAAAUGGCCUUAGUUCUAUCGCCAUUGUGGAUUAUGAGGGAUUAUUACUUGGCAAUAUAAGCAUGACAGAUGUUAAGUACGUUUUACGAAGCUAUAGCCAUUUUUUAAUGUGGAAAACAUGUCAUCAAUUUGUUAGUCACGUAAGGAGCAGGCAAGGGCUUGAAGACGGACAGGACAGGUAUCCUGUAUUUGAUGCUCGUCCAACAUCAACUUUAGGAUAUACCAUCGCCAAAUUAACUGCUACGAGGGCCCAUCGGCUCUGGGUAGUAGAUGAACGGAUGCGGGCUAUUGGUGUGGUGAGUUUGACAGAUGUGCUUCUUGUAAUUGCACGUUCAGCUGGUGCAAAUCCGAAGCCAAGGAGAGUUAGCUCUGUUUCAUCAUCUGCAUCUGCAG